AUGAAUAAAGCACUGAAUGUACGGAACAUAUUAGACAAUCUUCAGACAUUUUCAGAUGAGUUGUACAAGUUUUCAGAACUAUCUGAUAGUGUUAUAAUUGGAAAUACCACUAAUGUUUAUGGUUUUAAUGUCACUUCGACUUUAAACCAGAACACAGAUAUUAAUUCUUUGCCUACAACGGUUUAUGCAACUCCUACACAAAGUGAUUCCACACUUGCAAAGGAAACACCAACUGUUCCCGUAACCACAGAGUCAAUGGCAACAACAGUUCUACCCGUAACAGUGACUCCUUCUAAUUCUCCAGUGAUAACCAGUUCAACCCCACCCUUACUUAAGGUGAAUGCACUCUGCUUGAACCAUACACAAAGUAUUCUUGGGGGAUUAUUUGGAGGAAAAAAAUGGGCUAUGCAAAUGUUGGAUGCUUUGGGAAAGCCUCCUGCAGGUUUACUUGGUGGACAAUUUGCCUGGCUUGGUGAUUAUGACGAAUGCAUUGGAUUUCUUGGAAAGUUACUUCUGUCAUUUUCUGUUUACACAAAUGGAGCUAAGAUAUUGAGUACAAACCACGGUUCUGGCACGCUAACCGCUGUCAACGGUAUACGGUUUAUCAGCAUGAGUUGGGUUAUUCUAGGACACACAUACGCAUUUGGCCUGUACUCAGUAGGUAAUAUUGGUACGCUUUAUGGAGCACUGCUAAAGAGAAAAACAUUCAUGGCAAUUGGCAAUGCUGAGGUAUCAGUAGAUACCUUCUUCGCUUUAAGUGGUACCUUACUAACAUACGUAGUUCUAAAUCAACUGAAGAAGCAAAAAGGCAAACUGAAUUGGUUUAUGUUUUAUUUUCAUCGGUUUUGGAGGUUAACCCCUCCAUAUAUGUUAAUUAUGAUGGUGCAGAUAUGUAUCUCUAAAUAUCUGGGAAGCGGACCCAUGUGGUUAACAAAUGGCUUCGAAAAGAAGUACUGUAAAGAUACGUGGUGGUGGAAUCUAUUAUACAUUAAUAAUUUCAAGACUGCUGCAGAAGAGUGUUUUGGCCAUGCAUGGUAUUUGGCAAAUGAUAUGCAGUUUUAUGUUAUAAGUCCACCUAUUUUGCUUGCUCUUCAUCAUGGAGGUGACUAUUUUGAUGCUUAUUAUCAAAUGCCAUACUGUCGAAUUGGACCAUACCUGGUUGGAAUGUACACAGGCUACAUUCUUUACACAACGAAAUGCAAAUGUAAAAUAAAUAAGUUUGUAAAUAUAACUAUAUGGGCGGUGUUUGCUGCGUCAGCUUUAGCUGUACUUUAUGGUAUAUAUGACGAUAUAAAUGGUGAUCAACUAUCCACGGGUGUUGCCGCACUGUACAAUGUCCUACACAAAACAGUGUGGGGUGCUGCUGUCUGUUGGGUGAUAUUUGCAUGUGCUACUGGAAAUGGAGGUUUCGUAAAUACAAUUUUGUCUUGGAAAGGAUUUGUACCUUUGUCUAGACUAACAUACUGUGCCUACCUGAUACAUCCACUUGUUAUGUAUUGUUACUACAAAUCACGAAAACAGUUGUUGUUUUGGGAUGAUCAUGAAGUGAUAUACGAAUUUUUUGCACAUCUUGGGAUGGCUUAUGCAGUUGCAUUUGUGGCCUCACUGGUAUUUGAAUCACCAAUGAUGGGAUUGGAAAAAGUGGUGUUUAGGAAAGACAAGAAGAAAUAAGAACUUUGAAAAUGAAUAUGA